GUGUGUGUGUGUGUUGCAUACCGAGUCAGUCGGUCACAAAGGAAGCAUUGAGUGCACGCGGUGUGUCGGUGCCUGCAUGUUGCUGAUCUUUGGACCUGGUCCGGCUCUGAUGGUGCUGAUAGAUCCGCUCACUGCUCCUCACACCAGCUAAAAGGAGGACCGGGCUCAGUGCGGCAUGGACCUGACCGAGCCGUGUGUCCACACACAGAGCAGAUCCUGACUGUGUGUGUGUGUGUGUGUGUGUGUGUGUUAGAGUGAGCUGCAGCACUGAUCCACUGAACACUCUAAACUCAGCAGACAUGUUCGGCCUCACUCCGUGUUGUUUCGUGGCCUGUCUGCUGGUUCUGGUUCCGAACUCUCAGAGUAAACGUGUGUUCGCUUCGGACGGGCUCGAGUUUCUGGAGAACAUUUUACAUUAUUACGGAGAGAACAGCUCCAUCUCCACCCAGGACCUGAACGACCUGCUGCUGCUCCUCUCAGCCAGAAGAUCCGAGCUGGUGUCUGUGGAUAACCCGCUGUCCGAGCAGGAGUGUCUCUCAGCAGAGCAGACUUGUCCCACUUUGGAUCAGUAAUGUCAGCCAGCUGACUGCGGGACAUCUGGAUGA